AUGACUACAACAACUUCACUUUCAAAAAAUAUAACAAUUUCAGAAGACACAAAAAAUACACUUUCAGUUGAACAAACUACUUAUGAUGAUAAAGAUCUCGUCAAAUCUCCACAAGAAAUGGACUUUUCUUCUCCAAAAGAAGAUGAAAAUUCAAAGGAUGAAAAGCAACAAUCAAAACUUGAUCGAAAAAUAACAAUUGAUAAGAAACUUUCUACCGCGGUUACUGAGGUGAUGAACGCUGAUGAUGCUAAAGUGGCUACUAAAAUUGAAAAUGAUGGAGAAUUAAUUGUUAAAAAUGAUUUGAAUAUGAGUGAUAUUACAAAGUAUCAGGUUGUUUUGAAUAAUUUACGUAAGGAAAACAACUUAGCACGAAACUUUGCAUUACACGAGAUAGUUAAUGUACUGGAAUCUUUGGUGACUGUGCCUGAAGAAGAAAUUACUAAUACUGUUGUUCAAACUUUUGUUACGAGAUCGGCUGUAUAUCUUGGUGAUUAUAAAAUUCUCAAAUAUGGUGAAACUACUGCUGAAUUAGAACUUCAUUUACAAGCGAUGUCAUCAGUAGUCUACAUAGCUUCAAGAUCAGUUUCAAUGUUAGAACAAAAAACACGUGAACGCCUUUAUAAAAGUAUAGCUCGAUUUUGGGAUGCAUCACAACGCACAACAGCUAAACUAAAUCCAAAUAUAACUUUUUAUCUUCGUGAGAUUAGAUGUUGUUUAAAAAAAAUUAAAGAUGAUCAAACGAAAUUAGAAUAUGGUCUUAUAUUCGUAAGAAAUAUCGCUGAUGCUGCUGCUCAUGUUGCAAUCAAGAAUUAUUUUGCCGCUGUUGUAUGUGCCGUUAAAUCUUUUUCGUUUGAAUAUCCUGCGGGAGAAUGGUACGAUAAAUGGAGAGUAAUUUUCGAAGAGUUCCACGCGAUAAAACAAAAACCUGAAGGUUACUCUGAAUUUUGGACGAAAUUAUAUAAUGUAGCACGUGAAGAAUUUAAACAAAUUAGAGAAAAACGUGCUGCAAUUGCAUUAAAAAAUGUUAAAUAUAAAGUUCUUAAACGUGGAAGCGAAGCAUUCUUUUGUUCAUUACCAGACAAUGUUGAUACUUUGUUAAUAGGUUAUCUAAUUUUAAUGGAACAUUUAUUGAAAGAAUUUCCACAAUCAUCUGAACCAGAAAAUGACCAUUCUACUGCUAUAGUUGAAUUUUGUCAAGAAAUUCUUAAUGCGGAUGUUAAGAAACAAUUAUCAGCAAAAGCAAUCGAGCUUAUCUUGAUUAUUAAAGGACAAAUUAAUGUGAAAAAUGGUUCAAAGGCAGAAGACCAUUUGAAUACAUGGGGUGUAGGUAAAGGAAAACAACGAAAAUUUAUUAUGGAUCAAAUUAAAAUUCUCAAGGAUGAUAAACAAAAAAUUUUAAAGACUAUUGAAACUGCACGUGCUGAUUAUGAAAAAGAAAAAAUUCGUCAACAAACUUAUAACGUUGCCAUUGAACAAAAAGUUGAAAUUGGUAGUCAUGUUGAAACUCAAAUUGUUACCAAUAUCGAAAAUGUUGAUACAAAAAUCGAAAAAGUUGAAACUUUAAAUGUUGAGAAUACUACUAUCGAAAGUCAAUUUAUAGAAAAUAUUGAAAAUAAAAUUAAUGUGGAAAAUCAAUAUGUUGAAAAUGUUGAAACUAAAGUAGAGAACGUGAAUGUUAACGUUGAAAGAAGUAUUGAUCAAUUGGUGGAAAAUGUCGAGAAUGUUAAAAAUGUAGAGAGCGUCGAUAAUAUUGAAAAUAUUAACGCUAAUGUUGAAAAUGUUGAUACUAAAAUUGAUGCUAAUGUUGAAAUUAGUGUUGUUGAUAAAAAUGUUGAAUAUGUUGAAACUCAAUACGUUGAAACAAAGAUUGAGACACAAUAUAUUGAUACUCAAACCAUUGAGAAUGUAAAGAGUACAAAUGCAAAUGUUAAAAAUAUUAAUAUCGUAGAAGAUUUAGAUUCACAAAAUGUACGUGUCGAAACCAUUGAAAACGUUCAAACGAUCAAUAUUAAUAACUACGAGUCCCAAAAUAUUAAUGAAGUAACGAACAUUAAUGAAACCAACGAAGUAAAUAAUACAACAAACGUAGAGAACAUAAAUAAUCAAAUUAUUGAGGUUCAUGAAACGAUUGUACAAAAUAUCAUAAUUCCUGAAGAGGAAAAAAGACAGUCCCAUUGGCUGGAUAACUUCGUAGCUGUGAUUAAAGAUGUUGAAAAACGUGUAUUAGGUGUAAAUAGUGAUGGAUCGAAGAGAAGGAGCUUAUUGUUUCCCGAAAAUGAUGAUAGAGCAAAAAGAAAUAGUUUAUUAUUCUCCAAUAACGAUAACGAAUCAAAAAGAAAGAGUACAAUGUCUAAUAAUGAUGACGAAGCAAAGAGGAUGAGUACAAUGUCAAAUAGCGACGACGAAGCAAAGAGGAAGAGUACAAUGUCCAAUAGCGAUGACGAAGCAAAAAGAAAGAGUACAAUGCCCAAUAGCGAUGACGAAACAAAGAGGAAGAGUACGGUGUCCAAUAUUGAUGACGAAAUAAAGAUGUCUAACAGUGAUGACGAAGCAAAGAGAAAGAGUACAUUAUCCAAUAAUGAUGAUGAAGCGAAGAGGGAGAAUACAUCUUUGUCCAAUAAUGAUGAAGUGGUUAAUAAUAGCAUUGAAUCCAAUAAUGAAGUUGCUAAUAACAGUGCCGAAUCUUAA